AGCUGUCAUUCAUGUAGUCAAAAGAUUUGGUUUUGUGUAGUCAAAAAAAUUUAGUGCUGAGAUUUUUUAAUUUCUUGAUUAAUUUUAAUGUAAUUAUAAGUUUUUGAGUGCAUUAAUUAAAAAGGAAAAUUAUUUGCUGCAUUUCGCCAAAAUAAUUGAGAAGCUUGAAAAUGUCGAGUGGACGCGAGGAAGGAGAAAUCGAUUCAGAGGAAGAUGGUCUGCGAAAACGCAUACAUGAGCUUGAAAAUGAAAAUGCUGAAUAUGAAAAGAUUAAACGAAUUUCCGAAAGUUUUGGAGAUAAAUAUGGUAACAUGUAUAGACUGAAUGAAUUUAAUGACUGGGAAGCUGUACAACGUGCUGGUCAAGUGCCCACCGAUGCCUCCUCAAUUUCAUCCGAUGAAUUUCCCUAUCCAAAAAAGAAAAAACAUAAACGAAAUAAAAAAGGUAAAUGCAAAAUGCAUGCGCGACGUGCAAUGCAGCGCAGUCAUCGUUGUACGCAUCAGCGGCACAAGCACAGUAAAAGACAUCAACGGAAAGAACGUUUCUACAAUUCUUACAAUGAAAAUCGUGCUAUUGAAACAAUAUCUCUGGAUACCACCGAUAAUAGUGAAUAUGAGAAGGAUAACUACUCCAUAGCUACCAUGGAUAUUGAAAGUACAGAUGAAAAUGAUGGUGACAUAACAUUACCAUUAAGUCGUGAGGAACUCCGUUUGGCACUGGGACGUGGUUCAACGGAAAGGAAAAAUAACCUCUGCUCAUUAAAAGAACGUUUGCAACCGGAUAAAUUUAUUUCAUUAGACAACAUGGAAAAGGUACAAAUAUUGGAAGAAUCCGCAGCGAAUUCGAACGACGCCGAAAAUGUUGUAGAAAUCAACAGUGAUAAUUCCAUUUCAAUUGAAGAGCAAGAACUGCGUUUAAUUGCGCUAAGAUCUGCGAUAAUGCGUAAACAUGCGACACGUAAAAAACGUAACGCCGAGAUUGCCUAUUCGCCAACCGAUUUUGAUGACCUGUUGGUUGAACCCGUCAGUUCAGUCGAUACGGAUAUUGAGGAAUUAGAAGGUGAUAUGGAAAUAAGUCCAGCUAGUUCACCACGCCUGCAACUCAGUCCCAUACAGUGUGACGAAGAACAAAAUAGUAAUUGCAGUUUGGAUACUGUGGAUAAUCAAGCGGAUAAUAAACCUGUAGAUAUGGAAUUAGCAAGUAGUGAAAGCGAACAGGAAGACAAUAGUAAGAAUAUAAUCAACACGGAUAUGUCUUAUGCACAAAUGCACGAUAUACCGCUACCAGCUGGUCUACCAAUGGAUAGCGGCGUCAGUUUGCCCAUGGCAUACGAUUAUACAAGUCACGGCAAUCACACAAUGUCCUACGAUAUGUAUAUGCCGGCGUUGCAUUACAGCACGCCACUGGAGUUGCCAACGCCACUGUUGCCAAUGUCUGCGUUAGCAGGUACAACCCAGCCACCGGGUACAUAUGACGUGACUUCGCAAGAUUUCAAUAACAGUGAUGAAGUCACGUGUGUUAAGGAUGAGCUUGCCAUUGAACCUGAAAGGGGUAGCCUGUCACCCAAAUCAUCAACAAUGGAGAUUAUACAGCAAGAAGACACACAAGAACCAGCGGAGGAUUGUAGUGAUGAAGAAGAGGCGGAAGCUUUGCGCGCCUUAUUGCUAUCUCAGCGACAAAUGGCGAAAACCACAAAAUCGAAUGGUUUGAUACAAAUACGCAAACAAUCGCCAACGCAUGCGCAAAAAACAAAUGAAGAUGACAAAAAUGCUGAAAGUAUCCUAAAAGCUAAUGCUAAGCCCACACCUACAGAGUCGAUUUUGAAAGAAGCUGUACGCCGUUUAAAAGUUAAAACUUUUGCAAAUAUUGAGAAUACGCAUGCGCAGGAUUACCAUGCGGAGUCUGAUACGCAUGCGCCACGUUUGACGAUAAAAGCUUUUGCGCGUUGCAAAGACAUUGACGAAGAAGCAUUUGCACAUGCGCAACCACCUCAUAUAGCUGAGAAUGCAACAACAGCUUUUAAGGUACAAUCAACGAAUUUCCAUAAUGCAUUUAGUAAUAACGAAGAGAGCAGUACAGAGAGCUUACAAUGCAAGAGCACUCCCGAAAUUUUGGGCUCACAAACGAAUUCGCACGAAAAUGUCGCACCAGUUGCACCCACCAAGCGGCGGUUGGACAAUAUGCACGAUGCAGAACAGAAUAUAACCGUAAAAGAGCUGUCAAAGAUUGCUGACAGCCUACACUCAUCAGAGGACAGUAAUGGUUUGCCGUUGCAACAAAGCCGAAAAACACAUCACACUUAUGAACCACAAGCCAAGAAACAGAAAAAGACUAUGGAAGAGGCAAAUCAUGCGCCUGCCACAGAUUUGAAGGAUUUUCAAGGCGAAAUGCAUACAAAAGAGAUUAGUACACAAGAAGGCGAUCCCAAUAGCAGUGGUGAAAAGGAGAACAAAGAGGUAUCCAGCGCAACGAAGAACAAUAACGAAAAUGCGAAGCCAACUGUCAAGCUAGUUGCCAAAACUGUGAAGGUGCUACCGAAAAACAAAGUCAAUGCUACACUCACGACGGCCAAGAACGUAACAGCGCCGCCGAAAAUAAGCGUAGCACCACCGUCGAAGGUCAUAAAGCCACUAGCGCAACAUUUGAAAAUUGUUAAGCCCAACAAGGUCAUCAAUAAAAACCUGGAAGUACAGCAGCGCACACAAAAAGCGGAUAAUCUCAGCGUUCCGAAAAAGCCUGACGCCAGCAGCCAGCCAUCGCGCAUACUAACACCCACCACGCUGCCGAAUAUUAAGGUGAAAAAACUCAUCAUACGUGUAGGUGACACGGAUUCCUCCUCGGAGGACGAAGAGAUUAUACGCAACCAAACUUUGGAACGUUGCAUUGGGCUGGCGACCGCGCGCACCAACACACCCGAUUCGCUGACUAAUGUGCUGAAUGAGAAUAUCUACGGCGGCAAAGCGUGUAGCACGCCAACGGAAAUGGCAAACGCGCAAACUAAUGAUGACCUCUCCAAUGCAUCUUCCGCUAAAGACAAUACCGUUGGCGAAGCCUUCGAAAAGAAAUUGGAGAAUUUCCUCAAAAACAUACGCUCCAAAACGCUGCAGACAGACGUACACGCUGAGCAUGCGCAUGCGCGUGUGCGUAAGCUUAGCAGCAGCAGCGGUGCGCAAACGCGCACACCCACGGCCGUACGCAGUCUUCCCAUCGCCUCGCAACAGGAAUACAAACGGUUAGUGCAUCGUAUGAAGAUACUGGAAAGGCAAAAGCAAUUGAAGAAAAUGCAAAAGAACCUAAUUGAGGAUGCGGAAAAGUAUACGAAAACCAAACACGACAAUGCAAAGAAUAAUGUGCGAAACUCCGACGAUGCAAAGGCGCACAACAGCGCCUGCGCUAAUGUCGAAACUACCAACAGCGCCACACAGACUUGCAGUGAAGCGCCCAGCACAGUUGCUGAAAAGUCCAUAGAAAUACAUUCCGAAAAAUCCACGCCGAACAAAAGUUUAACCGUCACGCAGACGCCACCAACCGAAACACCGCCUGAAAACCAACAGGCAUUAACGGAUAAGCUACGCUCCUGGGAAACUAUUUACACCAGCAUUAGUAAUAACAUCAUAAGCAGGCUGGACAAAUCGCUGCAGCUGGUGAAUGAAGCUAAGUCGGCAAAAAUCGCCAAAUUGCGUCAUGAGCAGCGGCUGAAGGAGUUGCGUCACGAAAUGGAACAGACGCAACGGAAAAUGAAAGAAGAACAAGUGAAAAUAACACGCAUACACCCACAAAUAUGCGCCAGCAACGAAUUGAUUGCGAAGUUGAAGCAGAAACGCGCCAAGGUGCUGGAAAUGGCUGUGAAGUUAGGCAAGAGUGUUAAAGGCGAUGAUUAUAGAUUAAAUAAUGAUUUGAAAAAUGAAAUAGCGCAUAAAACAAAAGGAUUGGCCACGCAUAUAAAACUUGUUAAUUCAAUCAGAUAUAGUGAUCUAGAUGUAUUAGACAAAAUGCCGGCAGCCAAAUCGCCGGAAAAUAGCGCAAAAAAUACGAAUGCUGUGAAUGCGCCACAAAAUCAAAACGCCUGUGAUAAACUGGUCUCAAAGCAACUGCCACUAACGGACCACAACAAGAGCAAAGCGUGUGAAGCGCAUGAAAGUGCUGUGAUAAUAUUGCCAACGCACGCAGCCAGCGAGACAAGAGCCGAUGCCGUAGCCGAAGCACAGGUUGACAAGCAAAGCAACGCCCAGGAAGCGAUCGAAAGCUGUGAUAAGCAGUGUGUAGUGGAGCCAGCGCCCAGCCUGGAAGCCGCUGCCACAUGCAUUGAGAAGGCGUUGGUGAAGGAAGAGCAGCCGGCACCGUGCGCGAGCGGCAAAGAAGUGCUGGACGAGGACUGCGCGCCGACGGAAGAGAGCACGGCAACGCUGAAGACGGAAGUGGAGUUGCAGCAGGGAUGCACACUGCGUGAUUACGUGUCACCGCUGCAGCACUUGCGCAGCGAAAGUGGAAAAUGGAACCCGAACGACAUUAUCUGUCCGUACGAGUUGAUGGGUCAAUGCGAGGACAAGGACUGCAGUUAUAAGCAUUUGAAAAUGUGCGCAUAGAAAAAAAGAAAUGUCGCUAUAAAUGCUCGCAGCUGGUGCAGGCGAACCGCAAGUGUACGUAAAAUGUAGAUAAUAUUUCGCAAAACAAAAUAAAACAACAAGUUUAACAAAAUAAAGGAGUACUCCGAAUAGAAGUUGCCUCAUAGGUAAGUUAAACCACUCAAUUUAGAAUUAUACACAGAUCGUGUAGCGCGUCCACUUGAUACUUAUCUAUACCACUUGCAUAAUUUUCUAUUGAAAUUACAUGUUUUUGUUGUGAUAAAAGCAUUUUCAAUAAUUUUUCAUUUAUUAUUUGAGUUGGUGGUGUGGUGAAAAGUUUUUGCUAGAAAUGCAGCACAAAGGUCGGUUGAAACUAAGGCGCGCAUUUGCGCAGAAAUCUUAAAAUUAAUUAAGAAAAUGUAAUAUAAUAAAAAUAAAUAUUAUUUUUUUU